AUGCCCCAAGUGAAGUCCGGCUACGAUGGCGCCGGCGGGGACUACAUUAAGUGGAUGUGCGGCGCCGCCGGCGGCCGCCCGGGCGGCGCCAUGGCCAACCUCCAGCGCGGCGUCGGCUCCAUCGUUCGUGACAUCGGCGACCCCUGCCUGAACCCCUCCCCAGUUAAGGGAAACAGAAUGCUCAAACCAGAAAGAUGGCACGCAUGUUUUGACAGUGAUGGGAAGGCUAUAUGUUUCCGUAAAGCCCUUAAAUUCAUUGUCUUAGGAGGUGUGGAUCCUUCUAUUCGAGCGGAAGUUUGGGAAUUUCUUAUUGGCUGCUAUGCCUUAAGUAGCACGUCGGAAUAUAGGGGAAAACUAAGAGCUGCUCGAAGGGAGAAAUAUCGUUAUUUAAUUAAGCAAUGCCAAAGCAUGCAUACAAGCAUUGGUACAGGUGAGCUUGCAUACGCUGUUGGAUCAAAGCUGAUGGAUGUCAGGACCUUGCCCAAAGAAACUGAAGGUGGAGAAGUCAGCACAAGUCAGCAAGCUGCACAUCAAGCGCCUUGCAGUUUAGCAGAAAAUUCAAAUUUGAUUUAUGGUUCUGGUGGCACAACUCAGCCUCAGAAAAGGAAAACUUGUAGUAAAUCAGCUGAAACAGUUGGUUUCAAUGAACAUAAUGAUAGCUCUAGAUGUUCUGGAGAUUAUGAUGACAUUGGUGAACCAAGGUAUGACAGUGAGGCUUUCAUCGAUUUCCCUUCCCUAACUGGUACAAACUUGUUCGCAAAUGGUGAUGGGGAUAGCAAUGGAAUUGAAGAAAAUCAUUGCAGUUUCUUGGUUCCUGAAGAUAGGGUAAGGCCCCGUGAUGAGCGCAUGCACAGCUUCCAGAUCAAUAAUAACAUAGAUCUCAUAAUAGAGUCAAAUACAUUCUCCAAUGAUCUAUUUCGACCUAGCAGCAGUGACUCAGCCAUCUUUCAGUCUGAUGCAUACAAGCAGGAUAGAUGGUUAGACGAUACUGGCUAUAGUAAAGAAAUUAUAGAUUCCUUGAGGAUAUCUGAUGCACCAGAAGCAGAUUUAGUUGAUGGAACCAAAUCAAAUGGUUCGAUAGCUGGCAAAGAUAGAGUCUCUGAAUGGCUUUGGACACUGCAUCGAAUUGUGGUUGAUGUGGUGAGAACAGAUAGCCACCUUGAUUUCUAUGGAGAAUCAAGGAAUAUGGCUAGAAUGUCUGAUAUACUUGCUGUUUAUGCAUGGGUUGAUCCUUCCACUGGAUACUGUCAAGGUAUGAGUGAUCUGCUGUCACCUUUUGUUGUCAUAUACGAGGAUGAUGCGGAUGCCUUUUGGUGCUUUGAGAUGCUACUGAGAAGGAUGCGUGAAAAUUUCCAGAUGGAGGGACCAACAGGAGUUAUGAAGCAAUUGCAAGCAUUGUGGAAGAUCAUGGAACUGACAGAUGUUGAAUUAUUUGAACAUUUGUCAGCAAUUGGUGCUGAAAGCCUUCAUUUUGCUUUUCGGAUGCUGCUAGUGCUUUUUCGUCGAGAGCUGUCUUUUGAGGAAUCACUUUUGAUGUGGGAGAUGAUGUGGGCUGCUGAUUUUGAUGAAGAAGCAGUCAGGCGUUUAGAAGAGAACUGUCUAGAACCAUUGCUAGUGGAUCUGAGCAAUGGCUUAUCAUGUGAAGUCAAAGAAGUGCAUCGGACCAACAGUUCCACAAGAAGAAAACCCAAGACCAGGAAAUCCCAUCGUAGAAAUGGUGAAAUCUGUGGAGCUUGCCACCCUGGAAUGAAAUCCAGUACAAGAAAUAAUCUCUGUGGCUUGUCAGGUGCUACAAUAUGGGCAAGGCCUCAGCAGAUGCCACAUCCAAGUGCAAAUGUGCUAGCAAACAGUGGAGAUUACGAACUGCCUAUAUUCUGUGUGGCGGCAAUCUUGAUAAUCAAUCGCCACAAGAUAAUAAGAGGGACUCGCUCAAUAGAUGAUGCAAUCAAGAUGUUCAAUGAUAAUGUGCUCAAAAUAAAUGUAAAAAGAUGCGUACGUUUGGCCAUCAAGCUGAGGAAGAAGUACUUGUACAAGGCAAGCUUUGUUUCUUUCCAUUCAGUUCGUUGUAGUGUGGAGAUCAAACUAGCCAAGGGCAGCCCAAAUUUGGGGAUUUUUCAAGUGAAUCCCCUGUAUAGAGAUAGUUCGAAGAUGAUGAACCAGCACAGAGAGGAGGAUGCCUUGAGAGGUCAAGCAGUCAAAAAUCAGAAGGCGAUAUGGGACAAGACCCUGGAAGUGAGAUUCUUGCUGCAGAAGUCAUUUUCCACUUCCAACAAGUUGCCCCAGGAACCCAUCAGAACAAGGUUUUGCAAUCAUGAUAAGCAGAUAGAGCAAGCCUUUGAUGAUCUGUUGAAUUCGUCGAAGAAGACAUUGAGCAGCAUGAUGGAGCUGCAGGAGGCUUUGCUCGAGAGUAAUCAGGCUACAAAGGGUGCCAAUGAAAUUCCUUCUGCCUCAAAUGGAGACAAUGACGAGUGGUCAGAAGUACAGAGAUUGCAGACAAGGAUAACAACAUUCAGAAAUACUGAGAUAGAUAAAUGGCAGAGGAAAAUACAGGUGACAACAGGUGCUGCUGCACUUAAAGGAAAGCUACAUGCAUUUAAUCAGAACAUUAGUGACCAAGUUGCUGGUUACAUGAGAGAUCCAAGCCGGAUGAUUAACAGGAUGUACUUGACCAACUCUGCUGUUAGUGUAUUUGGAAAGGAUGUGGGACAACCUGGAACAGCUGAGGAGGGGCACAUUAUGGAAGAUGAUCCUGAACUUAUUGACGAUUCUGAGUUUUAUCAACAACUUCUCAAGGAGUUUCUUGAGUCAUGUGAUAGAGGGGCAUCAGAGUCGGCAUUUUAUGCCCUAAAAAAGCAGCAGGUUAAAAAGAGAAAGCUUGUUGAUCGUCGUGCUUCAAAGAGCAGAAAGAUACGGUAUCAUGUCCAUGAGAAGAUUACUAAUUUCAUGGCCCCAGAGCCCAUGGUUCUUCCUCCAAUGGCUCCGAAGUUGUUUGAGAAUUUAUUUGGGAAUGGCAGCUAG